ACACACAGAGCCGAGCGAGCGAGCGAUCGAGUCGAGCAUUCGCUAGAACUCGGCCCCUCUGCAGCUCGUAUAGCGUAGCAGUCCGACAAGGUCCGUGUUCGCCGCGCGGCGCUCUCUCAGUUCUGCUCCGAGCUGCGGUUCAAUCGUGCGGUGGUGCAGUCGCCAGUCCUAACCUUAACCGUCGGUCUGUGACGCGCGCACGCGUGUGUGAGUGAACGCAGGAGAGAGAGAGAGAGAAAGAGAGAGAGAGAGACAGGACAAUCGGAGCACCGCACCGGAGGACUUCCUCCUCGACGACGACGACGACGACGACGACGACGAGGACCAGCAGCAGUGGGAGAAGCCCCGAGGGCAGUAGCAGCAGCAGCAGUAGCAGACGCCACCUGGCGGUACCGCCUGGGACGCUCCUCUCGUUCUCUCUCUCCGCGGAGCCGCUGCUGGCGAGAGAAGAAGACACGACGGUCCCCGAGUUGCUGCUUCGCUGAGAAUCCGAGAAGACGAAGGACUCGGAGGAGUAGCCAUGGCUUCCGUGAGGGACACGGCGACCUUUUUCGCCGAGGGCACGGCCAGCCAGUUCGAGCACGUCCUCAAGCUCUAUCCCCAAGCGCUGAGACUCAAGGCCGAGAACCACAAGUCCAAGAAACCCGAGGAGCUCAUCAAGCUCGACAACUGGUACCAAAAUGAACUUCCGAAGAAGAUCAAAUCCCGUGGCAAGGACGCCCACUUAAACCACGAGGAAUUGUGCCAGACCAUGAAGUGGAAACAAAUCCGCGGCAAGUUCUACCCGCAAUUGUCCUACCUGGUCAAGGUAAACACACCAAGGGCGGUUAUGGCCGAGACAAAGAAGGCGUUCAAGAAGCUGCCAAACCUGGAGCAGGCGAUCACCGCGUUGUCGAAUCUGAAGGGCGUCGGCACGACGAUGGCCUCGGCACUGCUCGCUGCCGCUUCGCCCGAGAACGCACCCUUCAUGGCCGACGAGUGCCUCAUGGCCAUUCCCGAGAUCGAGGGCAUUGACUAUACCACCAAGGAGUAUCUCAACUUCGUGCAGCACAUUCAGACCACUGUCGAGAGGCUCAACAAACAAAACACAAACGGCACGAAGUGGAGUCCGCACCAAGUGGAGCUCGCCUUGUGGACGCACUACGUGGCUUCGGAGCUGAAGCCUCAGUUGCUCGAGGGUAUCCCAGAAGGCAACGGUGACGCGGCACCACCUGCCACGGAGAACGGCAACUCGCACGCGGCGAGCAACGGCGAGGGCGCUGCCGCUGCCGCGGCCUCCGACGACAGCAACCAGGAGUCCGCGGUGACUACCGCCACGACGACUGUGCCGAACCUGUCGGCGGAUAACAACGGCAAGAUUUCCAACGGCAAGGCCUCCGAACCCGCGGCCAGUCUCGACGAAAACAGCACCACGACCUCCUUCACAGAGGACUCGCUCGACAAGCCUGCCACUCCCGUCAGUGCAACCACAACGCCUGCCGCGGCGCUCAAUGCCGAGGAAAACACUAACGACUCGCUGCCAACUAACGAGGACAGUAGCAACCAGGAUGCCGCGACCCCCAGGCCGACGGACGAGAGUGGCGAGGAUCUUGGUACUGAGGAGGACUCCUCGCAGGACUCAGUCCAGGAGCCGCCCGCGAAAAAGAGCAAGAAGUGACCUGCCCCGGCCCCUGGCCCCCAAGAUCCCGCGGGACGACGACCGCCUGCUCUUAGCUCAGCGGCCGAGCUACUCGACUAUUCUCAACACUAGCCGCGCACGGAGAGGGAGACACGCAUUCAGAUAGACGGAGAGAGAGGACUCUUUUUUAGCCUGCCUGACGAGAACAAAAAAUGCGAGAGGACGAUGAUGAAAUGAUGAUUAUGAUUGCAAGACGACGAGAAACACGGGGCUUAGAGCGCGCCGCACUGUUGACAGUGCGACCGACUCUUCUCUUCUGUUCAUCUUCUUUUUUUUUUUUUUUAAACUGUAUACCGCGUCGGUGGAUUUGUAUACGCGACAAGCCCGAGGACGAAGCAAACAGAACUCUGCGUCGCGCGUUUUCUUUCUUCUUCGCCGCCGCUGCCGCAGUCUCCUCCGACACCUGCUUCUUGUUCUCCACUCUGGACAUCCCUGAAGGGUGGCGGCCUCGAGCUGACGAUUGACGCCGCCACUUUUCCCUCGUCACCUGUUCUCCGCUGACAGAGACGUAAGCAGGGAAGAAAGGAGAGGCGGAGGGAAGGAGAGCGCGAGAGAGUGAGCAGCGCACUGUGUAAAGAUAGACCCUGCGACGACAAAGGCGGUGUCGCGCUGAUUAUUGCGAUAAUAUUAAAGUAAUUAAUAAUAACGAUAAUCUUAAAUACUACCGAAUCAUUACCAUAAUUUAUAUACCUAAAGACGGGAGAGAGGUAGUAAGAAAGAGAGUGAGAGCGUCAUGAGAGAAUGUCGGAGCGAGAGAGGAAGCGAGAAAAGCCGAAAAUGACACAAAAAAAGUAAAAUAAGUAAACACGUUGCACGUCGGAGUGUGUUGCAUAAAGCAAACCAAAUACCUUGUAAGUAAACAUUUAGAAGCAGAAGUAAAUAUGGUAAAUAUUAUAGCUGAUGACGAGAUGAGAAAGAGUAAGCAAGGCGCGCGUGUGAGGGUGGUUUCGAGGCAAAAGUAGAAAUAUCUAUCGGGCAUAAAAGAGACGACGGACCUGCGUUGAUUACGAAGACGACGAAAAUGAAAAAAAUCACACACAAACACUGUCGAAGUUUCUUCUGUACAGGGAUUCAACUAGUAUUUUUGCAUAAUGUCUAAAUGCGAGGAGAGUUUGAGCGUUUGUCUGUGCGCGUGAAUGCGGCGAGAGAAUGACUCGAACAGACAAAAAGAGGAUAAAAGCAGAUGUAGUACACAAUAACGAUUUAAAGUACACAUAUAAAUAUAUAUAAUAGGAGAAAGAGAAGCAAGUGAGUUGCACGGUGUGCGUCUGAGCCGACGAGCGAAUGAGGAGAGCGGUCGUUCUCGAGUUUUAUAAAUAUACAUGCUGCAUAUUAUAUAUAUUUGUAAUUUAGUGAAAAAAAAUAACACGAACACACGUCGGUCGAUGAGAUGCACAAGCCGAGAUACAUUCACAAAGACACGCCGACACCGAUAACCGUUGUAAUAAGAGUAGACGAGGAAUGCAAGAAAGUGCUUUUUCCGCGGCGGGAAGGAAGACUCAGCGUCGUACACGCGUAUAUAUUAUAAUUAUGCUACGAAACGAACUCUCUGUCGCUCGUCUCGCGCGUACACUCGCACACGGAUUAUCAAUUAUAAAUAUAUAUUUAUUUAGAGCCUAAUUUAUUUCGAGCGGUCGAGCCUCCCUCUCCUUUGAUUCGUCUCGAGCCUUGAUUUUUGCGUUUUUUUUCCUGCGAAGUCGCGCAGUUGCUUCAAGAAGGAAGCAGAGUAUCAAUUUAGUUCUUAGUUUUUGUCUUUUACUAUGUAGUAACGUUUAUAACACGCCCCCCACUGUGUAUCGCAUUGUUCUCCCCUUCUUACCCUCCGUUUAUUCUUUGCUCAAUUAACCGAUUAAUUGAUUUAAUUAAUUAGACUACUUCGUUCUCGUGCAUGCGCGUGUGCAUGCAAAACAUUCCAAGUCUCUCGUCUUUGUUUUUCUGUAUGAUUUCUCUCCGCCAACCACACUUCCCUUUUUUGUAUGGCAAUACCAGCCCCCCCCCCUCCCCCCUUGUAUCACUAAGAUUAACAUUAUCGCUCGCUUGCUUGUGCACACUUGGUUCCUCUCGAGUGCGUGUAUAUGUACAGGAACGCAAGAAAAUUCGUUGUCCUCUGUCUUUCUUUUGUUUUUCUAUUAUGACUACUACAACGAUUAUGUAACGUUGCAUAUGUAAUACCCGCGGCACACGGCGCGCUUUUUUUCUACUUUGUAUGCGAAAGGCGGCGAAGGAGGAGAUAGAGAGAGAAUUUUCGUGCGGCAAGAACACACAAGACACAAGACACAUACACACACACAUGCGAACACACGAGUAUAGAGAUAAUGUUAGCGAGCAGCGUCGUAAAAAUGUGAGAGGAGUUUUUAUCAAGUGAAUUAUAAGACAGAAAGCAAAGUGCGGAGUGUAGCGAAAGUGAAAAAACAAAAACAAAGAAAAAAAAUAAUUCAUAGAGAAGCGAGAAGACACACAACGCCGCCCCAACCCGCCUCUAAGACUCGCUUGUUCUCCAAGUGACUUUUUGCACGGAUGCUCCGACGAUUGAAGUAAAUAAACGCAAAAUAAAUGUAUGAACAAAAAACCAAAAAA